AUGACUUUAUCGAAAUUUAAUCCGGAGCACAUCAUCAAAUCAAUCUACAGCUCCCCUUUCAAUCAAUAUAAGAAUAAUAUGGGAUUAGUUUUGGAUGUUUCGUAUGUUACUGACAACAUCAUUGUUUGCUCAUAUCCUGUAAUGAAGUAUCCCAAAAUGUUUUAUCGCAACAGUCUCGUUGAUCUUGUCACGUAUUUGGAUGCGAAUCAUGGCAGAAAGAACUGGAAAAUCUACAAUUUGAAGGCGGAAAUGAAUGAUUCAGACUACACUGAUGACGAUUUUGCCAUGGUAUUGGAAUCAAAACAUGUGACCCCACCAGCUGGUAAGAGUGAAAAAAUUACUUCCACUUUUAGAUCCAGAAAAAUGCUCGAAGACCAUUGCAAUGUUUCCGGAAUCAAAUUACUAUUCAGAUCUAAUGCAGAUGAAAUAGUAAAACCACCAAUUUCUGUGAAAUCUCACUUGUUGAGAGCUGGAUGGAUUGAUCAUUCACCACCAUCUUUUUUGCAUCUUCAGAACUUAAUAGACGAUAUAAGAGAUACUGUCUCAAGGGGGAAAGUAGCUGUUAUUCACUGUAAAAUGGGCAAAGGGAGAUCGGGCACUCUGGUAGUCGCAUAUUUGAUGACAUACUUGCAGCUCCCCCGUCAUGAAGCACAAUCUCUUUUUCUGAGCACUAGGUUUAAGACAGGCAUCAGUAAAGGAGUUACCAUAGCUUCUCAACUACGUUAUCUCAAGUACCAAGAAAUGUUUCUCCGAUACGAAGCUAAACAACGAGAAGAAAUAAUAAAGAACCUUUCUACCAUCGAAUUCAAGAUUUUGUCAAUCGAGUUUACAAAUUCAAUUGGUCAAUAUAGCUCGGAAUUCUUGAAAAAGGCCAAUAAUACAACAGUAUCCAUUAAGAUACAAAGUCACUCAAGUGGAAAAUCGGGUCUUAUCGAUUUAUUCUCCAAGCAGUGUUCUACAGGCAAGGGAUCAUUAAGGUCGUUAACUUCAAAGCAAAUAAUAGUUCCAAAUAUCAACGUAACUUUCUCAGAUAUCCGUUUAUCAUUUGGAAUCCGUUCAAAGACCUCGCAAUUUAUAAACAACGUCUCUCACCUAAGCUCUUUUUCAAGUUGCUGGUUAAAUCUUUAUUGGGAAUCUGUGCUUCAGUCAAAGAACCUUGAUAAUGACUCCAACUACAUUUUACCUAAGAAUGAACGAUUUGAGUUUUAUAUUCCAUGGGAGGAACUUGAUGGGUUUAAAGGAACCUCUGGGAAAGGUCUUAAAUUAUUCGAUUCAAUUUCUAUCCGGUGGAUGUUACUUUGA